GCCCUCGCGGUCAGUGUUUUGGCGGACGCUAUCGCGGCCGGGCUACACCGCCGCUCCCAACCUCCUCCGCGGGCCCCUAAUCGUUUAAUGCAUUUCCCCGAGUUUCUAUCGGUGUCUCCCUUCCGUUUUCACAUCCCCGUUCUGGGCGGGUUUAGUGGAACAGCCUUCACGACGUCUCCAUCUAAAUGCAGAAUCUUUGCGGCCACCGACGACGACUGCCAGCCGCGUAGUGAGCCGCGCGUUUGACAGGAUGUGGAUUUUGUGAAAGGCGGGGGAGGAGCGCCUCUUGAAGGCGGGUAUAGGAGCAGCGAGCAGCGCCAAGGAACCAUGAGGACGGCGGUGCUGCUGCUAGUGCUGCUGCUCCUGGCCGACCAUGGCCUCGGCCUCCCCACGGACCACGCGCAGGCCUCGGACCGGUCGGCGGGCUGGCCGAACAACCUGUGGGGCGUGCUGCGGGCCAUCCGGGACACGACGGCGGCCUCGGCGGCGCAGUCUAAGAGCGACACGGACGUCACCAACAAGACCGACCUAGCCGUCGAGCCCACGAGGAUAUCGCCUCUGGGCCAUGUCACCAAGCACGUCUCCGACCGGGUGAGCAACGUGUUCAUGUCGGUGAGGUCCAGCCUGUGGCACCUGACGGGCACGACGCUGGCCUCCGCCACGGCCUCUUCGGUGCCCACCGCCAGCGCGGCCGUGCCGCAGCAGCCGGACCUCGAGACGGAGGCCACCUCCGACAUGAGAGGCGACGCCGAGGACGCGGAGGCCGAGGAGAAGGUGGCGGCGCCGCAGAGCUUCAUGAGCUCGGCGCUGGAGCGGGUGCGGGGCGCGAGCAGGGCCUUCACCGAGAUGGGCCGCACGGUGGGCCGCUGGGGCAAGGCCAUCUCGGACAGCGUCGUCGGCUCCACCGUCAACUCGGCCGUCGGCACCGUCCUCCAGGUCAUCAAGGGCGGCAAGCAGGACGACGACGCGGACCACGUCUGCUACCCGGAGCUGGGCUGCUUCAGCCUCCUCGAGCCGUGGAUAUCGUCCAAGCGCCCACUGCCACGCAUGAACGCGCCCGAGGACGUCCAGACCCAGUUCCUCCUGUACACCAGGAACGCCACGGAGCAGCCGUGGCCGCUCAUUGCCGCCAACGAUACAGUUUCGAACAUUCGCGCGCUCCUGCGAGACGUGAAGACGUUCUACGUCGUGCACGGCUUCAACGACAAGUACAGCGCCGCCUGGGUGCAGGACAUGAAGGACGCGCUGCUCGAGAGGGUGAACUCCAACGUCAUCCUGGUUGAUUGGGCGCCGGGGGCGCAAGCCUCCCGGAACUACCUGCAGGCCGCCUCGAACACGAGGAUCGUCGGCGCAGAGCUGGCGAGGAUGGUGGAGCUACUCGACGACGUCAUCCCCCUGGACGCGGUGCACGUCGUCGGCCACAGCCUGGGCGCGCACGCGGCGGGCUACGCGGGCAAGCAGCUGGGCGGCCGCCUGGGCAGGAUCACCGCCCUGGACGCGGCGCAGCCGGCCUUCGAGGACCAGGCCGCCGAGGUGCGCGUCGCCCCGGGGGACGCCCGCUUCGUGGACGUGCUGCACACCAACGGCGUGCCCUUCAUCCCCACCCUGGGGCUGGGCGUCAUGCAUCCGAUCGGUGACGUGGACUUCUACCUGAACGGCGGCACGGUGCAGCCCGGCUGCUUCGUCCCCAAGCUGCCGCCCGUGCAGUCCAUCAUGGACCUGGCGGCCAUCCCCGUCAGCGUGCUCGGGGACAUGCUGUCCUGCUCGCACCGGCGCGCCAUCGAGUACUUCAUCGAGACCGUCCGCAACGACUGCCGCAUGUGGGGGCGCCGCCGCGCGGGCGACGACCUGGACAGCGAAGGCGACGGCGACAAGAACAGCCCCGUGGUCGUGGAGAGUCCGUCCGGCGGCCGCAACAAGCACGCGACUUGGUGGUCGCCGCCCGUCGGGCUGCCGACGCUCCCGACCCUGAGCGGCUUCCUGGCCGGGGUGUUCUCCCCCGGCGACAAGGCCGCCCCCGCCGGCACGGAGGCGCCCCCCACCAAGGUCAAGCAGGGGAGCUUCUCGUUCCCGUUCCCCUUCCUGGCGAGCGUGUUCUCGUCCGAGAGUCGGCGCGGCGCGGGCACCAACAAGAGGGACGUCUACAAGAAGGACGUGGACGUGCGGCCCGUCGACGGCAACGGCAUCGCCGACGUCACCACACUCUCCAAAAGAGCGACCCACCCUGCCAUCGCGCCGAGCGACACGGUGGCCGACGCUUCCAGCAACAAGCCGGCGUCCACAGGCUCCUCCAAGAGGUCCCCGUCGGCGGGGCUCCCGCCGCCGCCGCCGCCCCCAGCGUGGUGCACGGAGGACUGCCUACCCGUGGGCCUGGACACGGACCUGUACGCGCUGCAGCACUCCAUGCGAGGCAGCUUCAACGUGCUGACGGCGGACCACUCGCCGUACUGCAUGUCGCAGGAGUCGAAUGAGGUCGAUUGAGCCGCAAGCGACGCCGACGCGGAGGUUGCGGCGGGGAAGAUGCUCCGACGUGGAGUGUAUCAACUUCCUCCCGAGGCCCACGCCUCAGCGGCCCCGCCGGGCCCUCAGCUCGUUGUUACCUUUUCCCGAAUUCCGUUCUCACUUUUGCUGUUGGCAGACACGGAACUCAAGCGUUGAGGCGUCGAUGAGCGAAGUGGCUCGUUAGUAGAUUUGAGCAAAAUCCAGGACACGAGGUGCUCUCUGCCAGGAGAUGCCGCAAGUGCAACGUGAUUUUAUUCCAUCCAGAUUGCUGCAAUGUGGGGUCAUAACAGCAAGAAACGGUGAGCGAUCUCUGCGAGAAGUAUUUGACAUUUCUCUCGGGAGAAACCCUCGAAUCCUCGCACCAUAGUUCCUACUCUUGAAAAUAACAAGAAGAGCAUCAGGGCAUCAAACAUGUUUGAUACAUUAGGAGAAACCUCGUUCUUUACCCAAGUUUGGUCUGGUGUGAUAAUGAAAUGAAAACAGAAAGAUCAUUGUUGUUAAUGACCGCUCUUCAAAACUUUUCGCGCCGACGCAGUUUUAGCUUUUCUCGAUAGAUGGCGCUGUUCGCGCAUGCGCUUGAUUGUUUUUUUCGUGUUAGAAGAAUUUCAUUUGAGAUAGGUUUUAAUCAUUAUGAGAACCAAAAAAGGUUAUAAUAUGAUUGUUUUAA